CCAAUGUGUGGCUGGGGAAAGAGGUGUGGCUGCUUUUGCGCGCCGGUAGAACUCUAAAGUACGGUCUAAUCCACUUAUUAUUAUUCGCAUUGAUGCGUAGCCAACUACUCUGCACCGCCAUUGCUGUCACUGCAGCGAUGCGGCCAUUCGCAGCGCUGCCAAGCCACUCGCGCCGCCGCACCGUGCCGCGGCGUGCAGCAAAAGGCAACGCAGUGGAAAAACGAGACGUUCCGAGCCAGGUCUGGCCCGUCGCUGCCGCCGCGGUCAUGGGUAUUAGCUCCUCCGCAGCAUUGGCAAGAGGCGUCGCCGGCGAAGCGGCACCCGUGGUGAUCGCGUGCUGGCGCGUCGCCGGGGCGUCGGCUCUCAACCUCGCCACGCGACGGGCGCGACGCGGCGUCGCCGCACUCGACGGACGCGACGCGACUCUGGCGGCUCGCUCCGGUCUGCUCCUCGCGGCGCAUUUCUUGCUUUUUUUCGAGGCGCUGCGGCGGACGUCCGUGCUGCGCUCGACGAUCCUGGUCGGCCUCUGCCCGCUCUGGGUAGGGCUCGCGGAUAGGAUAAGCGGGAGAGAAGUUCCGGACGCGUUUUGGCUCGGCUGCGCCAGCGCGGUGGCCGGAACGGCGGUCCUGGCGGGAGACGCGUCCGGAGCCGCGGCGGUGACCGGCGACGCGCUCGCCGCGGCGUCGGGCGUGCUGUGGGCGGCGUACAUUCUGGCGGGCCGCGACGCGAGGGCACGCGUCGGCGCGUCGACGUGGCAGGCCGGCGUAUGCCUCGCCGCGACGUGCGUCCUCGCGCCCGCCGCGCUCUUGAGGGGCGACGCGCUGUGGGGCUUUUCCAGACGUACGUCACUCCUCCUCGCCGGUUUUGUCCUCGGCCCGCAACUCGUGGGCCACCAGGGCUUGACCUACGUCGUGAAAUACCUCCCUGCGCGCCAGGUCGCGGCGCUGACGUUACUCGAACCCGUCGGCGCGACGGCGUUGGCCGCGCUGUUCUUCGGCGAGAUCCCGACGCGCGUCGCGUGCUUUGGCGCGGCCCUCGUGACGGCGGGCGUCUUCGCCGCACUCUAAUCUAACC